UAAAGCGCUGUUGUGUGUUUGUCACGCCUUUGUGCAGAAAUCCCUCCACCUUGUCACCACUAAGACCACAGUUCGUGUUUAGCGAGGAAACAGAAUGAAGAGGAAGCUGCUCAUCGACGUUGACACUGGGGUCGAUGACGCUCAGUCCAUCAUGCUUGCCCUCGCCUCCCCUGACGUGGAGGUUUUGGGGAUCACCUGUUGCCACGGCAACACCAAGCUGGAGAACGUCCUCAAGAACACCCUGCGCGUCCUGAAAGUGUGCAACAGACUGGAUAUUCCGGUCUUCAGGGGCUGCGAGAAGCCCCUGCUGGCCAAAAAAAGAAGUGCAGCAGAUUACCACGGCGCCGACGGGCUGGGGGAGGUCCCAGAUCCAAAUGCCCCGAGCCUGGAGCUGCUGCAGAAGAAGAAUGCCGUAAACGCCAUGAUCAAAAUCGCAAAAGAGAACUCUGGAGAGGUGACCCUGGUGGCCACGGCCCCCCUCACCAACCUGGCAGUGGCCGUGGAGUUGGACCCUUCAUUCCCGAAGCACUUGAAGGCCCUCUACAUUAUGGGAGGAAACACUGAGUCCAGAGGCAACACCACGGUGUGCGGAGAGUUCAACUUUGUCGCCGACCCAGAGGCGGCGCACAUCGUGCUGGACCGCUUCACCUGCCCCAUCUCCAUCGCCUGCUGGGAAUUCUGCUGCAUGCGCAGCCUCCCGUGGUCCUUUGUGGAUGAGUGGUUCUCCCGCAAAACAGAAAAGGCCAAGUUUUUAAAGGAGAUUUCUGCUCUUUCCAUGAAGAAAGCUCGAUCCCCAGAGUACGAAAAGGAGAUCACCGCAGGAAAAGGCUUCAACCCCUGUGACCUGUUCGCCAUGGCUGCAGCCGUGGACGACACCUUCAUCACGGAGAGCGAGCAGGUUGCGGUGACGGUGGAGCUGAUGGGAGCCCACACGCGAGGGAUGAUGGUGCUGGACUACAUGGAGCUGCUGGAGAAGAAACACAAGGCCUCCAUCAUCAAAAACGUGGACUCUGAGAAGUUGAAGAAAAUGCUGAUGAGUGCUGUGAUGUAGGGCCGAACAAUAAAUGACAGAUUUCUUGGUCCC